GGUGAAGGAAAGGAAUUAGGAGAGUCCAACCAGGGAAGAACAGAUUAACCGGGCAGGGCUGGUUGCUGGUGAUCGCAGAAGGCUUCGAGACUUGGGAGGAGCCGUGCCCGGCUGCUUUUUCUCCUAUAGAGAUUCCCCCUCCCGGGAGCAGGGGCACAACUAGGACACCUUUCCCCGAAGUUUCUCCCUGUAGGAGAUAGGAACCCCCAGGAGGAGAAUCUGCCAGAGACCGAGGGAGAGAGGGGGGAAAGAGAGAGGGUGGGGGAGAACGACACCUUUAUAGGAUCCUUUCCUCUUCUAGAGAGAUUCCUUCUACUACAAAUCCACCCCCUUCCCCCCUCAAAUCCCUUUUCUUGGAGAGGAUCCGUGGUAGAAGCAUCUCUCUCUGCUUGGGGGAGAGGGUCCCGUUAGGCGAUUCCCCUUGAAAGAUCUCUGUCUGCAAGGUUGGCUGCUCGGCUCAGCUGCUCCUCUCUUGGGCAGAAGCUUCUUGCAGGGCACACCUUUCUAGAAGAGACUUCCUUCCCUCCGCCGAUCAGCCACAGGAAGCCCCCUGGGGGUGUGGGGGGCAUCCCAGCCGGAAGACCUCUUCCCCAGAGAGGCUCGCCCUAGGGGCACGCCACAUUCCCUCCAGUGACACCCCGGCAUAGGAGUCUCCAUCGGUAGGACCCCCGCCCUCAGGCUCACCGCCCCUUGGAGCCAAGAUGAAUUACCUGCGCAGGCGACUCUCCGACAGCAACUUCAUGGCCAACCUGCCCAAUGGCUACAUGACGGAUCUUCAGCGCCCGCAGCCGCCGCCGCCGCCGCCUCCCAGCGCCACCUCCCCGUCACCCGGCAGCGUCUCUCCCGCUGAAAGGCCUCCUGCUGCCCCCAGCCCCGGGGCUGGCGGCGGUGGCGGAGGCGGCGGCGGCGGCGCCGGAGGGUUUUUCUCGUCCCUCUCCAAUGCUGUGAAGCAGACGACGGCGGCGGCGGCGGCCAGCUUCAGCGAGCAGGUUGGCGGGGUCGCCGGCUCCGGAGGCUCCUCGGGGCGCAGCAAAGUGUUACUGGUGGUUGAUGAGCCAGGGACCGACUGGGCAAAGUACUUCAAGGGGAAGAAACUUCAUGGGGAGAUGGAUAUCAAAGUAGAACAGGCAGAGUUUUCUGACCUCAACUUGGUGGCUCACGCCAAUGGCAACUUCUCUGUUGACAUGGAGGUUAUACGCAAUGGUGUCAAGGUAGUCAGGAGCCUGAAGCCUGACUUUGUGCUGAUCCGCCAGCACGCCUACAGCAUGGCACGUGGCGGGGACCAUCGCGGCCUUGUGAUUGGGUUGCAGUAUGCCGGGGUGCCCAGCGUCAACUCCUUGCAUUCAGUGUACAACUUUUGUGACAAGCCCUGGGUGUUUGCCCAGAUGGUUCGCCUGCAUCGCAAACUGGGUCCGGAAGAAUUCCCGCUCAUUGACCAGACUUACUAUCCCAAUCACAAGGAGAUGCUCACAACCUCCAGGUACCCCGUGGUGGUGAAGAUGGGACAUGCUCACUCUGGAAUGGGCAAGGUGAAGGUGGAGAACCAAUAUGAUUUCCAGGACAUUGCCAGCGUGGUGGCCCUCACUAAAACGUAUGCCACCUCGGAGCCCUUUAUUGAUGCCAAAUAUGAUGUCCGUAUCCAGAAGAUUGGCACUAACUACAAGGCCUACAUGAGAACCUCCGUGUCAGGGAACUGGAAAACCAACACGGGCUCUGCCAUGUUGGAGCAAAUUGCCAUGUCAGACAGGUACAAGCUGUGGGUGGACACUUGUUCAGAAAUCUUUGGGGGUUUGGACAUCUGCGCUGUGGAGGCUUUGCAUGGCAAGGACGGACAAGACCACAUUAUUGAGGUUGUGGGAUCAUCCAUGCCACUGAUUGGAGACCACCAGGAUGAAGACAAGCACUUGAUUGUGGAGCUGGUGCUGACCCGCAUGGCCCAGGCCCUCCCUCGCACACCAGUGCCCUCCCCUGUGCGCUCUGCCUCGGGGCAGCAUGCCCAGUCUCAGCCAGCCCAAGCUGGACAGCGACAAGGCCCUCCGGCCCAGCAGAGACCCCCGCCUCAGGGUAAAUGCCAGACUCCGAGUGGGCAAUCCUGGGAGACUACACUGGGGAAAUCCUUGAGCCUGUGCGACGGCGUAAGAGGGCUCAGAGGUCCACAGCAGCCCCCUCCAGGCUCCCAGCGCCCCCCUUCUCAACAGCGCCCUCCUCCUCAAGGCCAGCAGCUCUCCGGCCUCUCCGCACAGCCAGGUGGUCCUCAAAUGGCUCAGCGGCUGCCCAGCCCCACCACCCAGCAGCCUCCCCCCCAGGCACAGCAGCGUCCCGUAGGGCAACGCCAGCCGGGGCCGGGAGCCCAGCAACCUCGUCAGCAGGGCCCACCGUCCGCUCCACAGUCACCACAGCCCCAAAGAGGGCCUAGCCCUAGUGGUGGGGGCCAGCAGCAGUGGCAGCAAGGGUCUCCUCCUCCGCAGCAGCGGCCUGCAGGAGCAGGCCCAUCCAAGGCGGCUUCUGGAGGCCUACCAGGGCAACAGCAACAGCCACAGCAGCCACAGCGCCCUCCGGCGGCAGGAGGCCAACCGCGGCAGCACCCACGGCAGGGCAGCCAGGGGGGUCCACCUCAGCAACGCCCACCAGGGGCAGGAGCACAGCAACAGCGCCCAGCCCCACCCACAACCCAGCAACCAAGGCCCAGCACUCAGGGGCAGGGGCCUGGUGGCCCUGGGCAACAAGGCAGCCGUCCUCCGCCAAGCCAAGGAAAACCACAAGUGGCCCAGAAACCCAGCCAGGACCUGCCUCCACCCCAGCCCCAGCUGAACAAAUCCCAGUCUCUGACCAAUACCUUCCCCCUUGCAGAGGCACCGGUGCCACGGGGCAGCCUUAGUCAGGAUGAAGUGCGUGCCGAGAGCAUCCGCAGCCUCCGACAGAGCUUCGCCAGCCUCUUCUCCGACUGAGAGACUUCCCCCUCCAUGCUGGGACCCCUGACCCCUCCCCAACUUAGGACUCCCUCCUUGUCUACUGGGACUCAUCCCCUUACCCCAUGCUACCUUGGCCCACCCUGAAUGCCACAUCUGAACCAGAGGGGAUCUCCUAAAAUGUAUGAUGGACUCCUCAAAAUUCACUCACAACAUCCACUGGCAAUCCCAGAUAUGGGGAUACCCACUGUGGACCCCUGGAAUCCAUCUGGAGAGUCACCCCAUAGAAUAACCAGGACUAGGAAAAUGGCAGGUGCUGGAUAUCUGUGGGCACCUAGAAAAUUCUGAACGUGAAGGGAUUGUAAACAACAACAAACUCACAAGACUGUCUACAAAAUUGAAACAUUUUUCUAAGCCCUAAAUCCAUUUCAGGAGCUCCACUAUACAUUGGAACACAUUCCGGCUCCUGCAGAGGGAUGCCUACUCUUUUUUAAAACCCAGUUUCCCCUUAAAUUCCCCCCAAAUCCUCCUCUCCCUGAAACCUUCAAGCCCGACUGCACUCAAUUUCUUAACACCAGUUCUCCUUAUGCUUUGCUACCUGCUCCUUCUCCAGCACCCUCCCCCACUUCCUCUGAUGCUCAGCCCCUCCCAACUGGCAUUGAGCUCCCCCACCCCUGCCCUUUCACUGGAGUCCUCCACCCUUGAAUCCGAGGCUGCAGAUUUCUCAAGUCCACGUCUCUUCUACAUGAAUAUGCAAAACCUGUGCCCAGCUCUCUUCUCCUGGCCCUGAUGCUGGGGGAUCACCGGGGCUGGGGAAAAGGGAGGGGAGCGGGGUCUCUGGGGAUCUCUGUACAUAGCACGAGGGAGGGGACCCCUCCCUGGGCCAUGUUGUGUUUGUGGCCACAAAAGUGUCUGUGUCGCUGUUUUGUGAAUAAGCCAGUCAAUUGCCACUGACCCUCCUAGCAACCGCAGCCACCAAGAGGGAAACGGCAACCAGCUAUUUCUGCCUUGGUGGCUGGCGAAGCCCAACCACCAUCUCCUUGGCUACAGGUUCUGCCUUUUCCGCUAUCACCGUAGCAACUGGCAACUUCCUUCCUCCAGCUCUUGGCAACAGUAUCUUUGGCAAGCCUUAACUAUGAUAUACCCCCUUCUCUGCCUCCCUCAGCACCAUCGUCUCAUCCUUAAAUGUGCCAUUCCAAAAACUUCCUAGCAUCUCCCCCGCAAAACACACUUGCUGUGGCUUUUGAAAUCCACUUAGUGCCAAGAGAGUGCCAGGCACUGGACAUCUGGCCUCCUUGGUCCAUGAGCAUGAUGCUAGCCUGUGUGCUGCUACCUUCCAAUCUCUUUUGGAUGGUCAGUUUGCCAAUGAAGCCCACCCUAGAUCUGUAAGGGAGAACAUGAUAGCUUUUGGUAGCUUUUGACAACAUGCUUCUCACUUUCCCCCUCCCUCCCAGUUUGCCAACGAAUUCCGUCGUUGCCUCACUCAUGACCCAAUCUGCUCAGAUAACAGCCAUACUACUGCCACUGUAGCCAAGGGCUGCUUCCGCCAUUUUGUUCAGUGGGCGAAAGAAAACACACACCCACACAUCCAUGGGCAAUGUGUGGGGAGGGUCAUGUUCAAAUCCCAGAGCUUGAUCCGCUGCUCGCACUCCCCCUUGUGUGUGUAUAUAUAUAUAAAACUCAAGAGAGAAAUCUCCCACUCUAUUUUUGUGAUUCCCCCUUUCCCCUUAAGCUUGUCGCCUACCCCCUGCCCCCCCCGAAAACCACUGGGACAGGGGGGAAAAGCCACUUAACGCGUGAUGGUCUGGUAGCUGCAAAGUUGCGUGUCGUAGCUGUGUUGUGACAUGACGCUUUGAGCAGUGUUUGCAACAUAUUGCCAAGUUGGGGCGGGGGAUACAAUGGGGCUCAGUCCCUGUCUAACGCAUCCCCUUCCUCAGCUUCUUCUCCCCAGAGAGAUAUUCCUUCUACAGAAAGGGAUCUGGGGAGGGCAAUUUCAAGUGCUAACUUGGUAUCUUUGUUAUUUAUUCUUGUCUGGAAAGUGCGGUCCCCCCCUCCCCCGCCCUGACACCCUUCUGGUGGGGAUAGAGGCCUUUCCUAUCGCUGUGGUUCUGUCUCUGUGUGGAUCAAAGUUUCAAUGGAUCAGUGGUGUAAAAGACAAUAAUAAAUAAAUAUACAGUAUAUAUAUAUAUUAAAAACAAGACUCUGAAAACCUGCUGGAAAGAUACACACGUUAUGUGGCUGGAUCAAAGUCAAUAGAGAGAGAAAUAUAUAUAGAAAGAGAUAUAUAUGUACCAAGAUAUUAAAUGGAAGAAAUGAAGAGGACAAACGAGUUUGUGUGUUAUUGGGGGUGUGGGACAAAGAGGAGACAGGCUUUUACAGCUAUAGGUUGUGCCCAAUGGAUUUCCAGAUGUUUGGGGACCUGAAAUGGCAAUUGUGCCCCCUAAUGGCAAACAACCUGUAUAACUGCUCCACAGGCCUCUAAGGCUGCCUGUUAAGACAGGUAAUCACAGAUCUUUAAAAAUCCCAAUUUUAACAAAAACAACAUUGAUUUUUUACAUGAUUGUGGCUUUUAAAACAAAGUAACCUAGUUUAAAAUAGAAUCUGAAUUGAAUAUAAACAAACAUGUCAGAACCUACUGUUAUAAGCCCUUGAAACUGAAAAAUGAGCAUUGGUUGUGUUUAAAGCUGCUUUUCUAUGUUAAAAACAUGGGGAGGGUGGGGAAGAGAUCUCACUAGGGUAUAAAUAACACAAUACUGUAAGUUACUUAUGAUUGAAAGCUUCCUACUGAAUCUUAGAACUAGCAUCGCAGACAUAGGAUCGGCAGAUACAAGCCUGUAUAUCACCAGGUCAUCCACAGAGUCCAUCCAGAUGAUCAUAUACAAUUUGAAAAGUUUAGAGUUGGAAGGGACCUUGAAAGUCUUCUAAUCCAACCUCCCCAACCUCCUGUUUGGUGCUCUCCAGCAGCCUGAGCUCUGCAAUGCUUUCAGAUUGCAAUUUAUACAUUUUUAUCUGUACCGACCAAUUAAAAUGAAGAUUAUUUCUGUCUCA